AUGAAGAUGAUAAACGAUGUGCUCGAUGAAACACGCCGACAACCUAUCAAGGAGCUUCAACGCAGACAACGAGAGCGAUCAGUGCAGCAACAAUCGGGUCGACGGGGAGAUACCGUAGCAACGCUGAAGGAACUUUUCGGACACAACACGUCGGUUUCCUCGCGCCGCUACGUAUACCUGAAGACUCAACGCUAUGGUGAGUAUCUUCGCGACUAUACUGGAUUUGUCAACCAGCGACACGCGAUGGCCGAAUUCAACGACUUUAACCCAGAACAGAUGAAAUGCCUCGUCUGGAUAUGCGGACUCGCCUCUCAUAAAGAUGCCUAUAUCCUGGCCCGGGCCAAGAUGGAAGAUAAUCCUCAAACCACGCUCAAGGAAUUGGCCGCGAAGAUCCAGCAAUUUCUCAACAUUCGUCAGGAUGCCACUCUCCCGAGAGGUCUGCUUCGUUACACAUCAACGCCGUUGACUCUCAUAGCCGAAUACACGACCCACCAUCACCAUGUUUUCGCUGUGGAGCGAAUCAUUGGUCAAGGGCGAGGAUUCUGCAAGAACUUUACGACCAAGAGGAAGCAGAAGCCUAAACGGAAGCGGAAAACAACCAACAACGUCGUCGUCGCCUCAACGCAUGCAGGCAACACUUCCAUAUCUCGUAUCUACCUCCCAGUUCAGAUCAAUUGUAAGACAAUAUGCCUGCAACUUGACGCCGGUGCCGAUGUCACACUACUGAGCAGUGCGGACUGGAUUGCUAUGAGCCGUCCGACAUUACGACCCCCUAAAAUCACACUGAGGUCUGCCAACGACGAGCCGAUCAACGUUCGAGGAUGCUACGAGUGCACUUUCGUCAUUGAUGGUCAUCACGGACGGGGUAUGUGCUACGUUACCGACACCGUCUUUAUUAGGUCUCGACUGGAUCAUCCAGUACGACCCUCUGUUUCGUCGCCUAACCGAAGGCUCUAUCUGUAA